GCCCAUCACUUGGAUUUGCAACCGGAAACUACCGAGGAUCCCAACUGGCUGUUGGAGCAUAGGCCCGUCGAAGUCAAGUUGAUUCUUCAGCAUAUCAGUAGAUUCAAAUUUUAAGUCAAACUACACAUAACGUCGGACAAAUAACCAACGGCCAAGCGAUUCCCAAAACCCGAUUUCAGAGAUGGCGGACGGCGAUCGGGUCGGAGAAAUCGAGGAGGAGGAGGAAGAAGAAGCUGCGGCGCCGCUGAUACCGAAGACAACGGAAUCCGAUUCCCCUAAGAAACGGACUCGAACAGUUAGAACGAAAGUUCCGGAGGCGGAGGUGCAGGUAUACAGGAAUGGGAAGGGUCCGAUCGACGUAUUCACGACGGCGCUGGGCGGCUGGGACCAGGACCAGCUGGAGAUCAGAGAAAUUCUGGAGAAGUAUGGCUUCAAGUCGGUGUACGCCUUCACCCCUGGAUCGGGUCGCGGCGUGCCUAUCAGGUUCAAUCCUCGGAACGGACGGUCGAUGCUCACGUAUAGAGAUGGCGCCGUCGUGUAUCUCGACGGGGAGCCCAAGGACUCGUUGCUGAAUCCCAUCACGAAGAUCUUAGUCGGGGUGGCAGCAAUCACGGCGAUGAUCGUGCUGUUUACGAAAGAGGUCUCGGCCCCGGAGUGGGCGCAGAAGUUCAACUUCUCGGGCGGCUACAUUCCUCCGUGGGUUCUAGCUUGCGCAGUCAUUGUUUUCACUCGAAUGAGGAAGAGAACCAAGACUUUUCUUGAAAACUACUUUCACUAAGAGUCGGACAAUCAUAAUCGGUGCGCAAUUCCUCUUUCGGAUACGUACAUGGCCGUGUUUUCAGAGUUUUGGGGUGAGUUUUUGAACUCGUAUAUUUGGUUUUUAUAGCGUGGAAAUUUGUUGCCGCUAGUUAUUUUAAGUGCGGAUUUGGUGUGCAUAAGUCGAACGUAAUAACUUUGCAAAUUAGACAAAGCUAAACCAUCCUGUUAGAAAGUACACUAACUGUGGAUGUAACAGUUGGCGUGUAUAAUUGAUUGCUUAAACUUGGUAUA